AUGAUGAUGAGAAAGCUUAAGCUAGAGUUACCAUUGAACCAAACGCAGAAGGUUAGGUUUGAGAGAGCUAUGGAGCGGCUAAAAUUGUUGACGUCGGAAACAAACAACUCUGUUAUCGUUGCUGACUCAAUCCACGAAGAUGCCUUGCUCCUUAAGGGACAUGGAACAUCCGAGGUAGAUGGUGAGUUGCUUGCGAAUGUUUGUGGUGUUAUAGUUCACGUGGACAAGCUUGUCUAUGUACGUACCUUGCGAGCCAAGUAUAAGCCUGAGGUUAGGGAUAUUGUGGUAGGACGUGUAAUUGAGGUCUUUCAAAGCUGUUGGAGAGUAGAGCUCAACUCUAAUCAAGAUGGAGUACUGAAGCUUUCUUCCAUGAAUAUGCCUGAUACUGUUCAGAGGCGAAAAACGUCUGCUGAUGAACUCAAUAUGCGAGAUAUCUUUGUAGAAGAUGAUGUCGUUUGUGCUGAAGUUGGAUGUAUUCACCGCGAUGGCGGCUUAGAGCUUCAAGCUUCAAGUCACAAGUAUGGCAAGCUUGAAAAGGGAGAGCUACUCAAGGUUGAUCCUUACUUGGUUAAUAAAAGCUACCAUCACUUUCACUAUAUAGAAAGUCUUGGGAUUGAUUUAAUACUUGGCCGCAAUGGUUAUAUUUGGGUUGGGGAACACGUCCAAGUCCAAGAUCCUUUGAUUGUAGAAACAAGAAAAGAACAAAGCCAUACUCCACUCGAGACUCGGCAAAACAUUCUAAGAAUUGGGAAUGCGAUACGGGUCUUGUCUAAUCUAGGCUUCACCAUGACUAAAGAAGUGAUUAUGGAAACUAGUAACUUAAGCAACAAGGAAAAUAUUGACUUACAUGACAUGCUUGGAUCAGAGUUUCACGUUUUGGUCGCAGAGAACGAAGCUGGAAGAAGAAGAUGA